AUGCCUAUUUACUCUCGUCAUGAAAAGGCCCAUGCAACUUUACAGCGGUGUUCACGACUUUGGAGAUUCGUCUCUACUAAGUUCUGUUUAAAUAAAGAAUUAUUAUUAUUUUUCCAGGCGACAUUCGCUCGCAAGCCCACAGUGCUGCGCAAAGUGUUCCGAGCUUUGACAACGGGUAUUAACAGUGGAAAAAGCGAAGAGAUGAAAUCAAGGGUGUUGCCACACUUGCGUUCAAACCCUCGCCUGACGCAGAUGUUUAAAUCUUUAUUUCCUGACGAGAGGCCUCCGGAUAGUGCAUAUGAAAAAGGCACGGAUAUAAUGAACGAGAGCUUUCUGACUGAUGACAAGGGCUAUGACGUGUGGGAAUUCGAGGAGACCAACGAUAACAUGCGUAAACUAGAGAACAAGGAGUCUCUUGAUACAAUGUAUCUUAAUGGACGAGUGUUUUUACAACACGGAAGAAUGCUGCGAUCGGCGCGUGUCACAUAUCCGUAUAGUAAGGAACCCUAUCGGGUGCACUCGAAACGGUUAGCCCCGAACCACUGCCACCUCUCCCCACCGGCCACCGACGACGAAAGAGCGUCACCUAAACGACAAAAUAAAAACACACCCAAAAUUCCGCCUAAAAGAACUAAAAAGCAACUAAAAUCACCCACUAAGUCAGUCAAAGAUGUAAAUGACAAUACAAACAAAGAAUGUGUUGUAAACAGCCCAAAAAAUGUUAGAAAAAAGAAUAAGCCUAGCAAAAAAGACGAUAAAACUGAAAAAAAGAAAGUCAACGAAAAGUUUAAUAAAAAAGACGAUGCCACAAAAAAUAAAACUAAAGAAACGAAUGCGAAUAUUGAAGUGCAAGAAGUGCCAAAUGCAGAAGUGAAAAAUGCCAAUGGUAAUUGGACAAGAGAUGAAGACAAAACCAUGUUACAAGUGUUAAAAGGCGAAGCAGCAUCAGAAGAGAUUUUUGUCAAAAUAAGCAAAAUGCUACCACACAGAUCAUUGACCGAAAUAAAAGAAAGAUUCUGUCACGUAAUGAAUUUGUUACAACAGAUGGCUGUAGGAGAAGUAACGUAGUGGUUAGAGAUGAGGACUGACUUUUUAAUUAGUG